AUGAGGCGUAAAAGACCCUUUACAAUUUGCAUGUCUAUUGCAGCUGUACGAAUGUUGGCGUCAACCAAUCUAAUGAGCAAACAUGAGCCAAUGUUUAUUUCACGUUCGGAGACUUUCAAAUUCGUUGCCGGUGAUACAAUAAGAUUGCCGUGUGAAGUUGCCAAUACAGAUCCUUAUGUAGUCGCAUGGAAGCGCGGCAUCGCCAUUCUAACCGCCGGCAAUGUGAAAGUAACUCCGGAUCCACGUGUGUCGCGUGCCGAGCGAUUCAAUUUACAAAUUCGCGAUGCUGUGCCACAGGAUGCCGGCGACUACAUCUGUCAGAUAGCCACAAUGGAGCCACGGGAAAUUACGCACACUGUUGAAAUUUUGGUGCCACCAAGGAUCCAUCACAUUAGCACUGGCGGACAUUUGCAAGUCAAAAAGGGCUCUUCGGUGCGUAUUGAGUGCUCGGCCUCCGGUAAUCCGACGCCGAAUGUAACUUGGAGUCGUAAGAAUAAUAUAUUGCCCAAUGGCGAAGAGAAACUACAUUCACACAUCCUGUCAAUCGAGAACGUGGACCGGCACAAGGGCGGCGUCUAUAUUUGCACAGCCAACAAUGGUGUUGGACAACCGGCAUCCAGUCAAGUCGUCCUGCAUGUCCUGUAUCCUCCGGAAAUAUCUGUAGAGCGUCCCAUAGUAUUCUCUGGCGAAGGGCACGAGGCCAUGCUGGUGUGCAUAGUUCAUGGAGAAACGCAACCUGAGGUCCUUUGGUUCAAAGACACCAUGCAGCUGGACACCACCGAACGUCACAUCAUGGAGAAUCGUGGCUCACGUCAUACACUGAUUAUACGGAAGGUGCAUCCCCAGGACUUUGGUAAUUAUUCUUGUGUGGCUGAAAAUCAACUUGGGAAAGCACGAAAAACCUUGCAAUUGAGCGGGAAACCAAAUGUUGCCGUCUUCAACUCGCCGCCAAUCAGUCAGUACAAGGACAGAUACAACAUCUCUUGGACCGUAGACUCGCACACACCCAUCGAAGAGUACAAAUUAUCCUUCCGAAGGUUACCGCAAGGACAUGAGGUCGACAACUCCAUCGAUACACUCUCGGGUUCAUCCUCUUCAACGCUGCUACAGAUGUAUGGUGGCGGUGGCGUCAGUAGUGUAGGCGGCGGUCUGCUCGGUAGCCAACAUAAUCAUCGUCUCGGCAGCGGUUUGGGUUCCAGUCUUAGCAGCUAUGGCAACGUAAUGCAUUGGGGUCGCAACGAUUGGCGCGACGUGGUGCUGCCUGCGAUGCCAUUGUCACAUCAUUACACGCAAGGAAUGAGCUAUAUGAUACGCGGCCUGGAUCCGGACCAACACUACGAGGCCACCGUGCAAGCGAGGAAUCGUUAUGGUUGGAGUGAUUUGACGCACAGUUUCCUCUUCUCAACAUCUUCGAAUGAUGGACUUAUUGAUCUAUCAUCUUUUCUAAAUCACGGUUCGUCAGACAAUGAGAUGCGCGACCUGAGUGUCACAUUCUACGGUAGCGGCGCCACCCACAAACUCCGAUUAAGCCUCACCACCCUCUCAUGUACGACCUUAGUUUUAGCAAAACUCAUCAAAUGCUUUUGGGCCUAAAUAUGGCCGCAGAGCUGAGCUGAGCUGGUGUAGAGUCUAAACAAGUGACUCUUGAGUAGAAAUUUUACUAAAUACUUCGUUCAAAGGACAAAGUUGAUAUUAUGCAAUCACAGAGUACUUUUAUAAAGCCAAAGGAAAGCAGAGUAGAAUGCGAAGAGCAUAAAGUAAUGAACAUUAAAAUUUGGUAAGAAAUAUGUUUAAUAUUUAAGCUAAAGGAAAUAUUAUAUAAUCUUAUUUACCUAUCAAGUGCUUACGUUUGUGAUUUUUCCAUUGAUGAACUGAUUUGUAUUCAUAAAAAAUUAGAUAAUAGCGCGCACGGCGAACGAUGGUCUAUAUAUUUAUUUUUUUUAUUUUAGUAACUAAGGAUUUCAUGUAUGGCCUAAGUUUCUUUGUAAGAGAGAGUAAGUCAAGGCAUAAUGUCACAGACUUCUAGACUAUCGGCAUGCAAAUGUAUAGGUGUGAGAAUAUUAUUUGAUGAGAUAUCAUUUGAAAUUAUUUGUUAUGCUUGUAUUCUCAAAAUAUUUAAUAUGAAAACCAAAAUUGUUGUAAAUGCGUUGCGCUGCUUGAUGGAUGGAGAGUGAUCGAUGUGAAAAAGACAGAACCUCAACUGUAAAUAAUAAGAGAAUUUUUAUCUUAAACUCAUACUCUUAGGCUAAUUGAAAAUAAAAGAAAAAACCAACAAAAAAACAAACAAAAAAAAAACCAAAAACAAACACAAAAACAAACGAAGAUUGGCGACGCCUUGCAUAGGCUGAGAGUUUAAUAGCAACAAUGCAAAUGCGUUCGCUCUAUUCGGAAUAGUAUCAAACACAUGGAAACAAAUGGGUGCAUACACAUUUGUGUGAUGCUGUUUGAGAACGGAAUGCACACACACACACACACGCAGCCAAACAAAAAGGCAACUCAAUAUUCAACUGUAGUACGUAAUGAAAUAGUGAAAGAGAAGACAUUAUUUGUGAGUAAAUUUAAUAGUAAAAAUUUAAAUUAAUUUAAUAUUAGUGCAAAUUAAAAAUAAAAAGUGAAGAAGGAAGAAUAAAAAAUAAAAAAUUAUAAAUAAAAAUAAGAAAUAAAAUAAAAUAAAAAAUAAAAUAACAACUAAGAAAACAUAAAACAUAAAAACCAAUAAAAAAAACACCCACAAACGAUAGCAAACGUAUGUAUGUAUAUGCUUAUAGGCUAAUGCACUCAGAGAUAUGUAUGUAGAUAUGUGCAUUUAACAUAUGUAUAUCGUACAUAUUAAUAUACUCUAUUAAAUUAAUCAAUCGCACAUUCAAGUAUUGAAAUUUAGUAAAAAAAAAUUAAGUUUGGCAAACUUUAAUCAUUUUUUUUAUCAUUUUGGGUAAAGCAAAUGCCAAGAUCAAGGCCAAGGCCAAGCGCGAAUACUAACAAUUUGAUGCAAAGAAAAAAUUGUCAGCUAAGAGCAGCUAAAAAUUACAAAUAAAAUUAAAGUGAAUAAAUAUUAUGUAACUAAUAAUUGCUUGCGGCCAUACAUACAUAGACAAUUUUUAAGCUUUUUGCUAUUUAACUUAUAAGCAACUAUGUAAUACGUACGUGCAUAUAUACUUACAUAUAUAGAUAAUUUUAAAACAUAAAAUCAGGCAUCUAGAAAUUCAAAAUUUAUUAAAUUCUAAGGUAUGUAUGUGCGCUCAUAUGUAUUGGUACGCGUAUUGGUAUAAAAACAAAAACAAAAAAAUAAAUAAACACAAAAACCAAGCAACAAAAGUAUAUCGAAGUAUACCGAAUGCCACAAAUCAGAGUAAAAGAAGCCAUAAAAGCUGAAAAGUUUUUCGUAUAGUACUUUUUUUUUUUAAAUUGUAACUUUUCACAACACUCACUGGAGAAUCGUAGGUUGCACCUUAAUUUAUAUUCUAUUAUAUUCUUUUCAAUACAUAAGUAAUUUGCCGGAGCUGUAACGGGACUCAGGUCUAAGGUAGGGCUCGCUGGUCUGUAAAAAGGUCUCAUUUAAACCUCUAGAGCUUAUUGUGUUGCCAGAGUUGUGUAUCUGGAGUCAAAGAGCUUUAGGAGUCGGAGUUGCAAUAGAAGCGCUGUGUCAUAUAAAUAAUUUGCAUAUUUCCAAUAAACGCAAAAAUACACAUUCGCCACUUUUGCGCAAAUUUGGAGGACUUGAAUAAGUGCCCAUACAAUAGUUUUGAAAUAUACGAAAAAAUUGCACCUACAGGGUGGCUGAUGAAUUUUGCUACAUUAAGAAACUCAAAUAACUUUUUUUUUAGUGUAUGGAAUUCAUUUAUUUUUUUUCAAGUUUAGUUUAGUUUUAAAAAUAAUUGAAUUUAAAUGCCCCCCAUGCUCGUUGACACAAGUGCGGCAUCUUAGUAAAAAGUUGUUCAUUGCUGCUUUGAGAGUUGCGACAGGAAUAGCCGCAAUUGUUGCCCGAAUGGAUUGUUUUAGUUCAUCCAAAUUUGUUGGCUUUGUUUUAUAAACUUCUUGUUUACAUAAACCCCACAAGAAAAAGUCAGGUGCAGUAAGGUCAGGCGACCUGGGGGGCCAACGAAAUUCGGAGUUUCUUGAAAUCAGUUUAUUGGGAAAUUUUCGUCGCAACUCUAUCAUAACAGUCUGGGCUAUGUGAGACGUUGCCCCAUCUUGUUGAAACCACACAGAGUUGAAAGGAAUUCUCUUUCGGCGUAGUUCUGGAUAGAAAAAUUCUUGCAGCAUUUUCAAAUAACGGUCUCCAGUAACCGUAACGGUGUGACCAUUUUCUUCAAAAAAAUAAGGCCCGACAAUACAGCGUGAAGAAACCGCACACCACACUGUCACGCGAAGAGGAUGCAAUUCCGUCUCGUGGAGUAUCUGUGGGUUAGAAGUAUCCAUAUUCGACAAUUUUGUUUGUUCACAUUGCCGUUUAAAUCGAAAUGGGUCUCAUCAGACAUGAAAAGGCAGUUUAACAUGUUCUGGUCUUCUUCCACCAUUUGCAGGAUCUUCUGGCAAAAUUCCAAGCGAAUCGGCAAGUCUGCUGCAUUCAGUUUGUUAACCAUUUGAAUUUUGUAGGGAAAUAAGUCUAAAUCUUUGUGCUUUAUUGUUUGCAAAGACUGUCGGCUGACACCAAGUUGAGCAGAUAAGCUUCUUGUUGAAACCCUUGGAUUGCUUUGUAUAGCUGCAGCUACAGCAGCGAUCGUUUCCUCCAUCCGAACUGGUGGGUUUCGAUGAUAAGGCCUUCUUGCGACUGUUCCUUGCUCAGCAAAAUUAUUCACCAGUCUCAUUAUGGUCCAUCUGCUCGGGGGAUCGCCGCCAAACAUCCGCCUGUACUCUCUCUGUACCAAAACUACGGACUCCAGUGCGUGAUAGCGGCGGACUAUCCACAUUCUUGUUUGCGUGUCCCAGUUAUCCAUUUUAAUAAAUUUUAAAGAUCAAUCUGCAAAUUGAAACCAAAAUGGAACAGAUAACUUAAAAAGAAAAAAAGUUAUUCAAUUUUUUUUGGUAGCGGCUUUCAUCAGCCACCCUGUAUUUAGCAAAUACUCAACUAUAAUAUACUGACACAAAUUUUUCCUAAAAAAUCCUAAAAAUUACAAUUGUUAUUAAUAUUAAUGCAAUGACGUCAUAAAAAACUGAUGCACACUGGUGUCCACGAUACAGCGGUGAAAAAUCAUCUGAAAGCAAAAAAGCAAACAAAUUCUUAAUCUAUACAUCAAUGGUUAUCGUCGUACGUGGCGGUUUUUUUUAUUUUUAUUAUUUUUUUUAAAUGGUGCAGGUUUAAAAAUGAGUUUGUGUUUUUACCCUUUUUUUGUUUUUGAAAGGCUUGAAAAACUAUUUAUUAAUUUUUGGAAUUUUAAAAAACGGCUAUGCACGACUGUAGCCAAUACAUUUACAAAAGUUCAAAAAAAAUAUUUAAAUCGGUUCAUAAGUCUUCAAGAAAUCGGGGCCACCGUGUUCAGAAAAGUCGUCUUGAGAAAAAAGCAUUUAAAGUUUUCAUUGGACGUCGUAUGAUAACUCACUACCUGCACUUAUUGUAUUGGGUAUAACUUCAUCAAUUUUCAAGAUUUUAAGUUAUCAUUUUUUUCACAUAUUUUUGAAUACAUCUACUUUAAGGGGUUACAUGGGUUUCGUCGGAUAAAAAAGACCUAUUUUCAAUAUUUUUUUUCUAUUUAAAAAAAUAUUUAUUUAAUUCAAACUUUUUUCUGUCUUAUAGAUACAUAUUUAAAAAAAAAUUUCUGAAAUUUUCAAAAAAAAAAAAAAAAAUUAAAACUCCUCCAUUGUGACGUCAAUCCUGGUGACCCCUCGAAAAAAAGGUGCGUCCGCGUUGUCAGCAUAACUCCUGACAGGCUCAUCAAAAAUGAAAAAACAAAAAUAAAUGUUUUAGUUAAGACCAUAAACUCGUGCUUGAAGGAAGGAAAGAAAAAAAAGUAAAAAUUUGAGUUUUGGCAGACAUUUCUCCAAAAAAUUUCGGUCAAUUAAUUAUUCGGAUCGACUUGAAAAUUUAGGAUAAUAUUCCUGAGAUGUUGUAGAAAUUAAUUUGCCAAAAAAAAAUAAAUCGAUUUUUUGAACAAACAAAACCCAUGUAACCCCUUAAAAAAAUCCAAAAAAAAAAAAACGAUUUUUUCGAAAAAUCACAGUGGUGUUCCCCCUUAAGUAGAACCUGGUUAAGGGUUAAGAAUUGGUCCACUUUAGAUAAAAUUUGGGCUGAUAUAUUGUUCUCUGUCUCACUUUCUAGAUGGGCUACACCAUCUGAAUAAGUUGGUUCGCCCAGGUUUGCUAUUCGCUUUUGUGACGCUCUUGGUUCUGCUGCUACUUUUGGUAAUGUUGAUGCUCGACAUGUUAAUGAAGUUGUUGUUGCCGUUGUUUAUAUAACGAGGUUUUUACAACUCCUAGGCAACUUGACACCCCCUGUAGUUUGCUGCAUGGUUUUGUCCACAAUUGCAGCAUUUUGGUAGUUCUUUAUCUGGCUUUUUGCAUUCUAUUCUUGCAUAAUCACCAGCGCAUUUAACGCAUUCUGGCGGGUUGCAGCAAUAUCAGUAAUUUUUAGUUUGCAAAAGCCCUGGCAGGUUUUGCAUCGAGGGAUUAGCUAGUAUUCUUUUAAUUUCAUCAAUCAUUUUAUUCAACUGGUUCAAAGCGCAAUGUAAACAUAUUUAGGACUCUAGACUAACUUCCACUUUAGCUUUUUAUAUGCAUUUUUGGCUCUUAAAGCCUGAAUUUUCAAGCCUGCAAUAAUAUCUUCUGGCUGACCAGAGUGGUGUUUCAUCUUUGACCACUACUCUUAUUUGUCUUGUUUGCUUGCUUUCGUAAGAAUGUCAUAGUAAUAUUAUCUUUAGGUGUCUUAAGUGAAGGCGUUGGCGGCUUAUCUUAGCAUUUGUUAAUAUUUUUGGCGGUUGUGGAAGCUCAAGGAACUUAAGUUGUCCUUUUUGUAAUGGCGGCUUCUGGCGAUGAUUUAAAUUCUCUUUUCUUAUUUGCUCUCUUACAUAGAUUGUGAACCACUCCAAUUUCUCUUUCAAGUACCUCUUCAUUAGUGUGAUACUCAACGUCAGUGGUGUUGGGCACAACUCAUGAUAGACAGAGUAAUGAGAUGACGCCUAUCGUGGUGCCGUUACUUUGCGCUCAGCGAAUUUGACAAUGAGUUACGUCGUAUUAUCACGAGUAAGGCCUGAUUACCAUUUUCGUAACUUUAUUUAGAAUUUUUUUUUGUUAUUUAGCUUUGGAGUCUUAAUUCUUUCUUCUUUUUUUUUAAAUGUAAUGCUUAUAAUUUUGCAAAAUAUAAAUUUUUUUUUAAAUUAGUUCAGUAAUUCACUCAGUUUUAUUUAGCUUUACGUCUUUAAACAUCUGGUCGCAUUGCCGCGAUUGCAGUUGUUGUUGGUGUUCUUCUGCUUUCAGCAGUCAAAUUUCUCUCUCGCUACUGCAGUGUUGCCUAGCUUUGGAUAUAACAACGCACUAAAAAUCCGAUUUAAAGAAAAUAAAAUACCAAAUUUUUAUUGAAUCACUUAAAGAACUUUGUAUGCGUGACAAAUUGUCUUUAAAAUGUGCGUGUUUUUUUUAAUAAAUGUGUUAUGGUUGUGUACAAUUUAAUUAACGACUUUUUUGUUAAGAGAAACUCUUUUGCUAAGGUAACGCCAUUUUUGCCAUAUUUCAGAUAACGUAACACGAUAAGGUACUCUUUUUCUAAAAAUUAUUUUUUUUAUGGUUUUUUCAGUAUUUUCUGGUAUUUUGUUGCUUAUUUUUAUUGUGAAUACACCUCUUGAAUCCCUAUAUCCCACUUAGGAUUGCCGACUGGACGAAACGAUUACAGCUCUAUGGUUUUAGUAAUUCUCAUUCAGUAAAUUCAAAUGCUUUUUAAAAUGUGUAAAAAGGUUUUCAAUGUUAAGAAGAGUUGAGAGAGGGACAUCUAAUAUUCUUGCAUAACCUUAAAAGGGGCAAACAAUGAAAUUUACACUUUCAAAAUAUCAAAUUUUAUAAGAACCAGCAAAUUUGCUUUAGCACUAAAAGCUUCUCAGAGUGACCUCUUUUAACAUUCUUUUGUUUGAUAAUAAAGUUUGGCUGUCCGAGAAAAUAUUUGCGUUAUUGACUGUGAGUGGGCAUGUGACUAGCCAAUCAGCUGCUUCUUUGAUUGCGGCUAUCUCUGCUUGGGACACACGGCAGUGGGCCGGGGAGCUCUUCACAAAAUACUCCUCCACCAACCUUUCCUUCCAACUUCCAUCCUACCGUGAACAAAUUUACCAUGCCCUGCCUCCGAGUGUAGCCCCCAGUCAACUCUUCCCUUGAUGGAAUGAGAGUGGAGAAUAUUCCGCUUGGACUACGCGAGGUUGUAUAUUGACCCCAACUUAAUCCAAUUAACUUUUUGCAAGCGUAAAGUGCUUCGAUGGCUCUUUUUACUCUACAUAUCUUCGACAUUUGACUUCUAUCUGAGUUGUCUGUCUAAUAUUAGACCUGACUACCCUGAGUGACGUACCAUCUAUCACCAGAGGAGUUGUUUCUGGAACUCUGUGUUUAAUAGUAAAUGAGAUGAGUUCAAUUUUUUUAAGGUUGACGCUUAGCUCAUUUGCUUUUGACCAGUUUUCAAUUCUGUUUAGUAAAUAUUGCCUGAUUUCACAAAGUGUAUUUUGAAAUUUCCCUCUUGGCUAAUGGUUAAUGGUAGUAAAGGGGUAAGGGCCUUUAGCACUGCGACCAUAUUGAUCUAUUGUGCACCUUAUGCUGUCUAUUGACUGUUAAGUCCCUUCUAAGGGAGUGAUUGUAGGUCUUCAUCUAUAAGCAUGAACUUUUUUAAAAACUUUUUCCUUCUAUGCAUCAACGCCAAACAUUUGAUGAUGAUAUGUUCUAUAGACUCCUCAUCUUCGCAGCAAAAUCUGCAGGUGCUGGUGUUAGUUAUGCCUAAUUUAUGUAAGUGUGUGUUGCGGGUGAAGUGACCCGUGAGGGCGCCUGUGAGAGUGCGAAUGCUCUUUUUGUUUAAUGUGCGGGCCAUAUUAGCUCUUUUAGCAUUGAAACUUAAGAACUUUUUGGAGUGUCUAAGACCCUGCUGAAUUAAUAGACUUUUCGCCCAGUAUUUUACUUUUUGUUUUAGGCUGUUUUUGUUGAAUCCGAACAUAGGACUAGGUCCGAUGAAAUUUACAUCUGCCCUUUUUUGGCUUGAAAGUCUGCCUUUUCGUUGUCGUCAUAUCCCUCAUGUCCUGGUACCCAAAUUAAUGAGACAUUGUUUUUGGAUGCCAAGUUAUUGAGUGCCUUGUGGCAUUCUAAGAGAGUUCUUGAGUUUUAAGUAUAGCUGUCUAAAGCUUUUUGAACUGAUUGGCUGUCCGAGAGUAUUCUAAUCUUUACUCUCUUGUGGUUUCUAUGUUGCAUGAUGUUUGCUGCUUCCAUUAUUGCGUAUAAUUCCGCUUGGAAGAUGGUGGGAGUGAAUGAUUUUUGGAUUAUGGGCCCCACUACUCCUGCUCCUACACCAUAAGGUGUUUUUGAGCCAUCAGUGUACCAUUUUUGUGAAUCAUCAUUCAUCUAUUUUGGGUUUGUUUUCCACUCGUUCCUCUCAGGAAAGGUAACUGUGUAUCCUUUUGUGAAACAGAGGGUUGGGUCAAUGUGGUCUGAAACUUGAGCUAUGCUUAUGGUGUUUUUGACUUUAUUUAGGAUACUUAGGUGACCGGUGAGGUUGCCUAAUUUGAAAUUUUCUUUCAUGUGUAGCAUGAGUGCUUGCGUAGCUGCUUCCUCUUGGAUUGCUAUAUGAAGUGGCGGAAGAUUAAGGAGUGCUUCCAUUCCAGCUGUUGGGACAGUUCUCAUAGUCCCUGUGAUGCAUAGGCAAGCAAGCCUUUGUACUUUUCCCAGUUAGGUUACCGCUGUUUCUUGAACAGAAAACAUUUUGAAGAAUUUCCCUUUUAGUGCAAUCGCUACUUCGUCCGCGUAAGCACCAAACUUUUAUAUUUGAUGGAUUAAAAUAUAAUUCACUUAAUACAAAUUUAAAUACUUAAUUUGGAAAUGAAAUUGUAUCCAAACUGCAAUGUCAUCUAUGCAGUAAAGGGUUCGUUUUAUAUAUAAAUUUUUUACUAAGGGCCUCGUUUCAUUAUUUGACAUGGAAAUUUACAAUCUUAAAAUACACCAAAAAAUUUGUGAACAACAAAGUAAGUGAACAGUUUGAAACCACCAAAAAUAUUAUAUAUAAUUACAAUUUCAUAUACAUAUACAUAUAAGUAUUAAUAUAUGUAAAACAGAAAACUAUGGGAAAAGGUUCAAUAUAAAUCAUGAAUAGAGAAAUGUGUCGCUUAGUGUAAAGGCUGUUUCGGAAGCAACAGAGCGGGUGCGCAAAGGCAAACUUGAAAUUUUCAUUAUAGUAAAUAUAACUGUAUAUCUAUGUAAUAUGUACAGGGUGUUACCGUUUCGACUUUGCUUUCAAACAGGCAGCGUAUGUAAGUCUAAUACAAACAAAAAGGAAAAAAAAAUUAUAAUAUUAAUGAAAAAUAAAACUAAGGCAAGGCGAGCCACAAAAAUACAACACUGCUCUCCAAAUGUUAACCAAUUUUCAAUACUCACGCAAUUUUUUCAAUACUGCACUGAAAAUGUUUUCUAUUUUUACAAACACAAAUCGCAAUGCAGCUGAUGCAAAUAAUUCAGAUAUUACAAAUACAAAUACAAACCCAAAUACAGUUUCUGAUAAACGACACCCUGUUGUACUUGUAAAUGAAAUGCCAAGCAGUACUUUAUAAUUACAUGCAUACAUAUUAUUAUAAUUACUAGGUAUGGUAUGAUGAAAAACAAAUUCAAUUUAACAAAACAUUCGCAUACAGAAAGAAAAAAAAAUUAAAUGAACGAAAUAUGAAAACAUAAUUGAAAAAAUUGAAAAACUGCAAGUAAUUAAUUAUGUAUUUAAAAAAACAAUGUAUCUACAAUACAAUACAAUGUGAGAUUCAAGCAAAAACAAAAUAAAACAAACAAAAAAAAAACGAAUUAAACAAAAACAAAAGCAAAAACUAUUGAAAUUGGGAUACAUUAAAUAAUUUAGGAAAAAGAAACGAAUGAAAAAUUAUGAUAACCACAUUUUAUGGGAGCUUAAUCAUAAUCCCUCAUAGAAAAAGACGCACAUACACACACACACACACACACACACACACUCAUACAUAUACAAAACUAAUGUAUACUAAAUUAUAAGCAGAUGUAUAAGCAUUUACUGUUGUGUGGCAAUUUAGAUGCAUAUGUACAAGUAAUGCGUGCGCAUUCAGGUACAUACAUGCACACAUACAUACAUACAUUCACUUACACCAACACAUGCAACAUUAAGUUGGCAAGCAAAUACUUACAGCAGAUGGAAAUAGGAAAGAGCGUGAGCGGAAAAUGUAAGCCAUGUAAAGAACUAACUAUACAAAAACAACAACUAAGUACACACAUACAUACAAGCAUAUAAUACCACUCCAUGGACUUAAAAUGAAGCAAUGUGAAUUUAAGAGCAAAAACCGAUGCGAUUUUUUUAGGUAAAUUUCUUUAGCAUAUGGAAAAAAAGCAACCAAAAUAAUAGCAUCAGUAUUCGCUCUAAUUGUUGGCUACUUAAGUAGGCCAUUCACUAAUGUAAAUUUACAGACAAAACACAGUUUACGCAUACAUAUGCGAAUUCGCAUUAAAUCAACACACACACACCCACACACACACAGCAUCAUAUUCAUCACAUGACUAAUGAAACGAAAGCCUUAAACUAAAUGCGUACAUGCCUAGGUGGGUAUGUAUGCACUUGUACCUAGCACACCUCCUCUCCUCCUACAGACAGAGAUCACUACCGCAAUCAUACAGCCACUUCCAAUACACAAAGCAAACAUACAGACACAAUUCUCAGCAAGUAAAGCUAAAAGUAUUUAUAUGCUGCUCAUUGUCUAGCAACAAUUGUUCAUACACACAUACACACACACACUCAUCUGCACUUCGAAAUGGGCUUCUAAUAUAUUUACACAUCCACAUCCACAUGUAAUUGUAAUUCAUUGUAACAAUCGCAUGUAUACAUAUGUAUGUGUGAGUAUUUAUAUGUAUUUAUCUCAAUAUAUGAUUUGUGUUUUAUUUGAUAAGCCAAUGGAUUACAGCUGAUUUUAUAAUUAAUUUGCUUUAUAGUAAAUGUAUUUGUGAGAAAAAUCCCCAAAAAUAAAACUAUAAGUGAAAAUAUAUGCAGAAAAUCUUAACAUACAUACAUACAUACAACUAAAUAUUUGUUUAUUUUGUAAAAUUUUUAAAAACUACAAAUAAAGUCGAUAUUAUCAUUAUAAAUGUAAAUUAA